AUGUUGCUCUUCCUUUGUUUUUUGUUGCCGAUUGUCUCAGCUCUUCCAAACGUUCGGGAAUGGUAUCAACUAUCACAGGCUCAACAGGACGUACCUACUGAUCUUUCACCGUAUGACGUCAAGUUUUUGGAGUUCCAGAGAAAAUACAACAAGGUAUACCCAACCGUCCAGGAAGAGUUUAGGAAGUUUGAGAUAUUCAAGACAAACAUUAAGAUUAUAGAAGAACAUAACAAGCUGUAUGUAUCCGGACUGAAGAAAUUCUUCCUUGGAGCCAGCCAGUUUACUGACAUGGACUCUGAAGAAUUUUCAAAAUGGGUCGGCAUGAGUUUUAUGCGGAAAAGCAAUCCAAGUAUGACUUCAACCUUCCUACGGCCGAACAACGUCGUGUAUCCAGGAGAAGUCGACUGGAGAAAGGAGGGUUACGGGAGUCAAAAACCAGUCAAAGAUAAAGGUGCUUGUGAAUCUUGCUGGGCAUUUAGCGCAACCGGUGCUCUCGAGGGACAGUAUUUCAAGAAAACGAAGAGUUUAGCAUCUCUAAGCCAACAGCAGUUGGUUGACUGUUCCACCAGUUUUGGUGACGAAGGCUGUAAUGGUGGUCUUAUGGUCAACGCCUUCAAGUACGUAGAGACCAACGGCAUAGAAUCGGAAUUCGACUACCCCUACACUGCCAAGGUAUCAUCUACAUUUACUAGACGGGACUGUAAGUACAACGCGUCUAAGGUGAUAGUGACCUGCACAGGUAUAAUCGAAAUACCAUUCGGAAGUGAACUAGACUUGCUAGCGGCCGUGGCCACUGUAGGACCUAUAUCCGUUUCCAUAGACGCAAGUCAUAUAUCAUUUCAGCUAUACGCGGGCGAUUUUGGCCAUGCCGUACUGGCUGUAGUCUACGACAAACUCAACGGCAGUCAGAUGUGGAUAGUCAAAAAUAGUUGGGGGACGCAUUGGGGAGUCGAUGGUUAUGUGAUGAUGUCUCGGAACAAAACCAAUCAGUGUGGAAUUGCUACAAUGGCUAGUUACCCACUCUGGUGA